GCCUUUUCGGAGGAGGGGGGAACGACGGGAUGAUGGAAUGGAAUGGAUGGACCACCACAUAUCCGCAUACUAUCUGUAUACAAGUUAGGACUCAGCAUUGUAGGGGGGUUAUUUUUGAGCAGGCAAAAAAGACCGGUCCCAGAUAGAUCCUCGCCGGUGUAAACGUCCCCAACGGACCUGGCGUUAAACCGUCUGUUUGCCCCAGGACUCCGGUCCUUUCGUUUCGUUUUUUUUUUUUUCUCUCUUGCCCAUCACGUUCCGCCCGGUUUGUUUGGGAUUCAGACUGGGAGAGCAAUUGGUGAACAUAAGCACGAGCAAGGAGGACGAGGUAAUUACAGUCUGCUGCACUGGAUGCAGAAAAGAGGACAAGCCUUUCCGGGGUGGCGUGCUGCGCCGCGGUUGAGGAUAGGGGUUCUUAUCCUCGUAGACUCUUUCUGGACGUUCGUUUGCCCGACGCGCCUCAGUUCUGCAUUUCCCCUUCCCAAUAUCCUCGCUUGGCUUGGCCUGUUCUUGCGCUCGAAUCCCAUGCCCUGACGUACAGUUGACUGCUGCCGACUGAACAAGCCUCAUCUGGAUCCUUUCUGCUCGCCGACUGUCUACUUGUCUGACUCUGCUGUCUCCUCCUGUUGUGGCCUGUGACUGCAUUUCUCACGCAGACAGCAAGCCUCACCUCACCCAACGGUUGUGAGCUUGCUCGGAUCAUCCAGACACGCCCUCUUUCCACACCCCCUUUUCCCUGUCCCCUGGAUACCUGCACGAGUCGAGGCCCGCGCCCGCGUUCCCUAACAUACCCUUACCUGACCAGACAGACCUGGCUUGAACCUCUCCUUACCUGAACCUCCCACCCACCUAAUCGAUUACCUACCCUCCCAUACCUAAACCAGAAUCCGACCGUCACCGACGACACCACUUUCGCUCCUCUGCAUGUGCUGCUGCGAAUAGAAGUAGACGAAUUGCAUCGGAUUUCCGCCUGAGCCUGUCCGCAUCGUCGUCUUUUGGAAGGGACCACUGCAGCAAAACAGCUCGGAGAGAGUCGUAGAAAGCAUUCACUUACGCUCUUUUUCCUUACUCUCUCUUUUCCCUAUUCAAAAUGCCUUUCCUCGGCUUCCGCUGGGUCGUCAACUUCGUGUUGCUGGCCGUCCCCAUCGGAGCGACUCUCGGUAUCCUCAUUGGAAUCGACGCUGGCAGAAGUUCAAACGGACAAUCGCCAAUUUUCACCGAGCCUGACAACCCGGGCACGACACCAAAGAACAAUGGCAUCACGGCAAUGGUAUCAUGCGACAAGGCAAUGGGUCUUCACCCUCUGUCCAAGGGUCAGGAGUACACACUGAACCCGAACCAGUGGGGUUGGACCGAAGGCACAGAUGGUCUCUUGUGUAUGAAUGUUACCACAUUCAACAACCAGACAUACGAUACCGACUUCAGCGCCCCCGAGUUCUACGUCACAUGGCGCUACCCCCGUGGCCCCGAGACGCAGCCCGUCCACGCUUUCCCCAACAUCAAGGUCGACGGCAGCUCUCUCCCGGUCUCCAUUCCCAAGCUCUCAAACAUCAACGUAGAUGUUGAGUGGUCCUACUCUGUCGGCAACUAUACCACCGAUGGCGCAGCUGCGACGAACACCGACGAGACUGAGCUUACCGACAAUGACACCAACACUAACGUCGCCAUCGAUAUGUUCUUGGACGACGACAAGACCUCGGCGCAAGACAGUACCAAGGCGAAGUACGAAGUGAUGGUGUGGUUUGGCACCUUUGGCGCCGCGACACAGCCCAUUGGUUACCAAAAUGGCGCCGGCGCACUUACCACAGAGACGAUUAACGGCACCACAUUCCAACUCUUCUUUGGACAGAACAGUUUGGACCAAUACGUCUUGACCUGGAAGGCCACUGCAACGAUCGAGCACUUUGUCGGCGAUCUCGCUCCACUUCUGACGAAGCUUACCACCAUGACCAACGCCAACUUCCCUACGACGUCGACAUAUCUCGGUUACAUGGGUCUCGGUUCCGAAGCGCUCUCAGCCACCAACGUUGUCACGUUCCGCGUACCGACCCUGUCGAUGGAGAUCAAGGCAUCAUCAUAAGAGAAUCAAAAACGAGAAACAGACCAUACAAUGGUAAUGUGUACAUUGGAUAUUGGCCAUUUUUUGUUAGCGAGCAUUGAUAUCUACACCAACUAGAAUAAUGAUUUUUUGGGGGACAUUGGGAUAAUGAUCACAUAUUUUGUAUAUACGCAUAUAUCAUCGGAUGCGAGGGGCUGUAAGGUAGCUUUGCUUCAUCAACGCGCACUUUGAAUCAAGAUAACCUACCAUAUUU